AUGAUUGAUAGUACCGUUCCUAGUCAUGAGGGUAAGGAGGAGAGUCAUGCCUCCCUUGCUGGUGAUACCAGUGAUGAUUUUAUCCCAGACUUUGAGUACAAGUUUUCUACAGAUGUUGAAUUAGAGAAAAAUAUCCCAGCGAAAGAUUUAGAGAUAGGGGUCAGAGUAUCUAGUCCCUUAGGAUUAGAUGUCUUCGUUGACAAGGUUCACCAACAAUGUCCCAUGGUACUUCAAGGUCAGAUAUUCCUAGCCGACUCGAUGGAACUACCAUUUCAGGAGUUUAAUGUAAUCUUAGGCAUGGAUUGGAUUUUAGAGCACGAUGAUAGUUUGAGGUGCAAGGCGAGCUUAGAGAUUGUUGAGUCAAUGGUGCAAAGUCUUCUUUGCUCUUGUGUGGACACACGAUUUUCUAUUUCGAUGCUUAAGGAUAUUCGUACGAUGCAAAAGUUCAACGAUGUAUUCUCGGAGGAGUUACCAGGGUUACUGUCCGAUUGUGAGGUUGAGUUCAGUAUAGAGGUAUUACCAAGUUCUUCUCUGGUGUACAUUGCUCCCUAUCUCAUGGUCGGCAUAGAGCUAAAAGAAUAA